AUGUGUGCUAUAUUCAUCGGUAAAGAUCUACCUAACCAAUACUCUGCGAGCACCGAGUACAGCGAAGAGAAUAUGAGACUUUUGUUUGACAACGACAAAGACGAGGGUAUACCACACGCCGUACAUAUAGGCGCUAUGACCGAUAACGACGCCAUCAGCUCAGCCGUCGCAGAUUAUACAUGUCGAAAUGUGGAUGAAAAUUCAAAGGACGAAUUAUACAAUGAAUUACUGAUGGAAAAUGUAGGAUAUACAUCUGGAGACAACUCACCACAGGCAUUCCUGACUAUGAAAUCAACUGCUUUGGAGAGAUGUCUCACUGGGAAACCAUUCCUGGCUUCUGGUACAGGAUCUAGUAUGGUACCUGACUUUCAAAAUCCAUCGAUCUUGACAUGGUUAUUCCCCCAUCUGGACCCUUGGGGUAUCGGAGGGUUUUACCAUCCCGGACGAAAGAUUAAAAUAAGCAUGGAGGAACAACUCAAACAUCUUCUUUUAGUAGACGACAGCCCGUUUGCGAAAGACCCAGAAUUCGCGUUUAUUUUCUAUAACAUAUGUCGGAAGGCACUAGUGUCCCAGAGUCUACGUUUCUUGGUAUCCCAAUCGUCACACAAGAAAAUAGCUAACGAACUGUUAAAUAUCGAUUUAGACAUGUUAAGUCACUUAACCAAAGAAUGUGAGAAAAAUCCGUAUUACAAACCAACAGAAACAAAAGAAAAAGAAGCUUUUAGACUACUGUCUUCGAUCAGACUGGUAUCAAAACACGUACCCGGGAGCGAUGGCUACAAACUAACUCUACGUAACCAAAUCAGGGCAUUGAUUAAUAAUAAAGGAACACCAACACUAUUCAUCACUAUCAACCCGUCUGACGUGGACAACCCUAUCCGGGUGAGGAUAUUUCAUUGGAAAGUAUCGAACGAGGAGAGGACUGGACGAAAUGGAGAAGAUCACUCUUUGCAGCACGGAACCCUUCAGGAUGUGCACGUUUUUUUGACCUAA